UCCCAAACAACUCUAAUGUUAUGUGUGUUUUCUAACCGAAAUUCUCUCACAGAGGAGUUUGCAGAAGAAAAGGUGGAUGUUGAGCUCAGUAAGGCUGAAGGAACCUCCUCUUCUGAGGAGAAGCAAUGUGAGGGCCCGCUGGAGUCAAGAGCAGAGGAGAAUGAAGACCAGCCCCUGCCUGUUGUGGAAGUGGCGAGCGCUGGAGGAACGGCGCCCACAGCUCAGUCCAAGACCAAUGGUGAUGCUGAGAAGAGGGCUCCUAGUAGCAGUAGACCUCAUGCUGCUGGUACAAAGAUCCCUGCCAUGACUGCAGUUGCCAAAAAUGGAAAAGACUCUCCAAAGACCCCGGAGACCAGUGGGCACAACAGCCCUGGCAUUUCCAAAUCCCCUGCCAGUAAAGCUGCGGGUGGCAAACCUCCAAGCACAGGAAAUGAAAUCAAGAAGGUCGCAGUGAUUCGCUCGACCCCUAAAUCCCCGAAGAACCGUUCUCCUACAUCACUGUCCACCGCCGCCCCUCUCCCUGACCUGAAGAACGUGAAGCCAAAAGUCGGUUCCACCGACAACCUGAAGCACCAGCCUGGAGGCGGACGGGUACAAAUUCUCGAUCAGAAGGUGGACUUCAGUAAUGUCCAGUCAAAGUGUGGCUCCAAAGCCAACCUCAAGCAUACGCCAGGAGGUGGCAAUGUAAAAAUUCUUGAUCAGAAGGUGGACUUCAGUAAUGUCCAGUCAAAGUGUGGCUCCAAAGACAAUGUGAAACAUGUACCUGGAGGUGGCAAUGUGCAAAUUCUCGAUCAGAAGUUGGACUUAAGUUGUGUGCAGCCUAGGUGUGGUUCCAAAGAUAAUAUCAAACAUGUACCCGGAGGUGGAAAAGUCCAAAUCCUCCACAAAAAGAUCGACCUGAGCAAUGUGCAGUCAAAGUGCGGAUCGAAAGACAACCUGCGCCACAAACCAGGUGGAGGAAACAUUGAGAUCAGGUCUGAGAAGCUUGAAUUCAAGGCUCAGUCAAAGAUUGGAUCUCUGGACAACAUUAAACACGUGGCUGGAGGAGGCAGCAGGAGGAUUGAGUCGCACAAACUGUUGUUCCGUGAGCAGGCCAAAGCGCGAACCGACCAUGGCGCAGAAAUCGUGUCUCUAGACGAGUCUCCACACGGCCUGAGCACCGUCUCCUCUUCGGGCAGCCUCAACAUGGCAGACCCGCCGCAGCUCUCCACCCUCGCCGACCAGGUGUCUGCAUCGCUGGCCAAGCAGGGCUUGUGAUUGGACCAUACUACCACCCAGCCACGCCCCCAAACCCCACCCCAGAAAUCAGAACACACACUUUCACCUGCCUGGUGGUACUCUAACCUCUCUCUGAAAGUCAUUUUGUGGCCCAGAAAACAACGCCAAGUAACGUUUGGCAAUCACUGUUCGAUUUUGUAAGACUUCAGAUUUGUUAUAGGCCAAUGAAGCUGUUUUAACUGUGAAUUGUGUAUGAAUUUGCCUGUUCACUCGUCCUUUGCUUUAAAGCAGGGAACUUAACAAUUGGGAAUUUUUUGCAGUAGCCCUCCCUUGACUAUAUUUAGCAGCACAAAAUUGCGUUCAUGUGUUUGAAUGCCUUUUGUUGACCAUUUUAGAUUUCCUCUAGGCAUGCCUGGUGUUUGGUUAGUUCAGACAGAACCCAUUUUUCACUUUCAGAGAGGAUUGUUCUCAUUUUUGAAUCAGGAUCAAAUUAGAUGGAGAUUAUGAAUAAGUCGCUUAGCAGUGCUUAAAAUAAAAAUUAGAGCCCUGAAUCUUGACUUUGAGAUUGAAUGAAGCUUAAAGCCCCACAGUCCAUUUCUGAAAUGAUUUGCACGGCUUACGUGAAGAACAACAGGUUUUUCGUUUUGCUGUCGGUCAGAGAUUACACUUGCUGCAGUGAACCGUGUUCGUCAUAAACUUUCUUACAGUAUUAUUCUGCGGAUAUGAGAUAUUUAAGAUAUGGAAACAUGUUUUUUUGUGUGCCUACAGGCAGUCUUAAAUUAUUGAUUUGAAUUAUGUCAGUGCUUCUUUGAAAAUGCCUCUCCUACUUUUUUUUGUUUGUUUUGUUUUUUUUGGGAACUAACAUAACGUUUAACUCGCAUUUAUAUUUUUAACAUAUGCAUAAAAUAUCUUCAAAUUGUAGCUACGCGUUUACAGCGGUUUUGGACAUUUUUAUUGGUACCGCUUUACAUUUAGAUUCACGGUUUUAGCAUUUAUUAAUGCAGUAGCCAUCAUGAAACAAAAAUGAACAAUGCUACUACAGCAUUUAUUAAUAUAGGUAAAUACACAUUUAUAACCUUCAUUUAUGACAAUAAACAAUAAUAAAUGAACCUAGAUUAAAAAAUUGUUCUUUGUUGUUCGAGUCAUAAUGCAUUAUUAACUGAUGUUAUUGCAAAGUGUUAAUUAAUGGCAGGUUGCAGGUGAGGGACAUUAUUUGAAAUCUCUUGUGGAAAAACACAACCUAUGCAUCUGUAAUUUUUUCCCAUAAUACUGCCAACAGUUCCUCUUUUUUCCUGCCAUGACAUCCAGCUCUAGCGGAGUUAUCAUUUUUUAGAUGAAUUGCCAAAACGUAUUGUAAAUUUGCCCACUGCACUGAUGACAUCUUCACGAAAACCAUCACCUGAGCACAAGCAUGCCGUUACACAAUGCUCUGUGAACACAUCCUCCACUUCCUCUUCUUUAGAGCUGUAAAAUAUGAAGUCAAGGUAUUCUAUUCAACUGAAUGAUGAUGUAAUGACCUUAACCAGUCAUACGGCUUAAAUGAAAUCGCAGAAUGUUUUAAUGAGCUUUGAACCACUCCACGCUAUCUUUGCUCCUUGCAUGCGUUUCAUGUAAGCAGCCUGAGAUUGCCUCUACUUUUGCGUGUAUCCCAUAAUCGCUGAUGUGCUUAUUAGGAAUCUAUGUAGAUAUAGUGGAAAAGAGCACUACUCGGACGACGACCCCUGUUUCUUUGUGUUGGAGAGGGAGCUGUGUAACUACCAUUAGAUAUUUAAUGUAUGUUAACUGUAUGUUUAUGACUGUAUGUUUAUGAGGAAAAGAAAAAAAAAAUAAUAAGCAGAGAAGUUCAGAGACCACGCCUGCAACACUUUAAACCUGCAUGCUGAGUUUUUACAUGGAUUGGCGACACGUUUUCUAACUAGGGUGUUUUUUGGAAAGGUCGGCAGAGCUUGGAUAUGGGAUAAGGUGUUUUGUUUCGCUUGUGAUGUUGUGUUGAGGGGGGAAGUGAGUGUGUAGAAGACAGAAGAGGGAAAGAAAGUCUGUCCUUUGGUUUAAAUGUCUCACUAUAGCAUCUGCAACAUGGUUUUGGGCGCAGUUUUGCUAUCCUGUUGUCAUUGACUCCAUACACCAUUUUUGCGGUUGUAUAUUUUAGCUUGGGAAUUGUGGUUGUCAAUAUUGUUUGUGUGUUUUAUUAAUAACUGGUUUACAACUAUUCUUGUUGAUGUACAUGUGAAUUUGGAAAUAAAUGAUAUUAAGCAAA